AAAAAUUACUUGAAUGAAAGAUUGAUUAUCAAAGUAGCUGGCAAUUGUUUUUAUGUAUUUCUUUCCUACUCUUUUUAUUUCUUCACCUUUUAACAAAUAUUGCUCAAUUACAGAAGUCCAUAGUGCGAUUUCAAUAAAAUUCAAAAUUUAUCAAAACACAGUAGCCUUUUGGUGUAAAUACAAUCCCAGCAGUGAGUCAAAAAGUGAGACAACAAAUAAAUACCCACCACAUCACAAUGAACACUCGUGCUCCACUUGUCUGACCCCCUCCCCUCCUGCUCCUCUUUAUAAAAGCCAUAGGGAAACCCCAUCAGAGCAUUAGAGACACACUCAUCUGGAGAUUAUUGAGACAGACGGCAGCAGAAACACCAAGAAUACACCAGCUGUAAAUCGGGAUUUACCAACCAAAUGCUUCUGCAAUGCCCGAAUUUUACUCGGUUUUUAAUGUGGAAUUUUUGCAUCUGAACUCGGUCUGAGUUUUGUCUUUGUUUUUAUCAGCCUUAUUGAGGGUGCAAUAGAUUACUGUAGUACAAAGUCAUACUUCACUGUCUUUUUGGUACCCUUGUUGUUUAAGGUGAAUCUCUUAAGAAAUCGACUCCUGUUUUCUUUUUCUUGGGGUGUUAUUCCAGUGAGGUUAAAGCACUACCUUGUACUGCGUGUUAAUCGGCUAAUCCAGUUCACCCUAAUUUUGUUGCUGGUACCAUGCUGUCCAGUGUCCGCCGGCACAGCCUCCGCCUGCAGACCGAGCUCCACCGGUGGAGCGUGUGCGACCCCGGCAGUCACCUGCUCCCGGACAGCUUUCUAGCCCGGGUGCCCGCCUGCAUCUCCCGCUCCAAGUCCUGCACCAGCUCCGCCGGGGAGUCGGACGGGAGCCGCGGGAGCUGGUCGUCAUCGGACUCUGUCAUCUCCACAGACUCCACCGGAGAGCCGACGGAACUCGGGGGCCCGUACCGGGUGGUGCUGUUGGGGGCCAGCGGUGUCGGCAAAACGGCCUUUGCCAGCAUCUUCGCUGGGGCAGCGGAUAGCAUGGACAGUGAUGACUGCGAGCUAUGUGGGGAUGAAGUGUGUGAAAAGACAAUUGAAGUUGAUGGAGAGCCAGCAGCUAUAACUCUGCUUGACACAUGGGAUGCAGAGACUGAUGGCGAAUGGGCUCAAGAGCGCUACAUGCAGACAGGCGAUGCCUACCUGUUGCUGUACUCUGUAACUGACAGGGCCUCAUUCCUGCGAGCCUCGGAGCUCCGGAUAACCCUGCGCCGCUUUCGUCCGGCCCAGCACACACCAAUCAUCCUGGUGGGGAACAAAUGUGACCUGGUGCGACGCAGAGAGGUGUCAGUCAGUGAGGGUCGUGCCUGUGCUGCAGUGUUUGACUGCAAGUUUAUCGAAACCUCGGCUGCCAUGCAGCACAAUGUCUGGGAUGCUUUUCAUGGCAUAGUGCGACAGCUGCGUCUACGCCGAGACUCCAAGGAAGCCAACAAGCGUCGCAGGCACAGAAGCUGUAAAACACGCAGAGAGAGCCUUCCUAUGAAAGCCAAACGUUUCCUCGACAAGGUGGUGGCAAAAAACAAUCCCAACGUGGCUUUCUGGCUAAAAUCUAAGUCCUGCCAUGAUCUCUCUGUGCUGUAGGAGUUUUUUUUUUUUAUUAACUCUACACUAAACCUUUGAGCAGGUGAACAAGUUACAGCCUGAAGAAGAGAAUAUGUCGACAUGGGCUGGAGGGAAGCCUGCUUCUAAACGGCUGCUAGUUCGGGGGUUCAAACCCAGCCCUCAGUGUGUUCACAUCAAGCCUCAGCACAGCCAGCAUGGCGUACACAUGUUUGUGCACUGCCGUUCAUAUGUUGCAGUCUGAACUAAACUGAGUGGACUGAGCUCAGUUUGUUAGCCUGUGUAAUGGACUGGACAGUCAGCAAAUGAAGUGACGCUACCUGUCGUAGAGACAUGUCAUGUCUGUGUGGCUAAAUGUUGGAGGGUAGAGCUCAACUGACGGAAACUGACAGAAGGAUAUGAUGUUUGUUCGUUUCUGUGUUUUGAACAAAGACAUUAACAUUAGCCUUUUCUCUCCCCCUCUUCCCUCAUUCUUUUGCUCUCAUUCAAAUGUUUCCUCUUUCGAUCCUUAAGUGAUACGAUUACCAGUUGUAAUUUAUUUAUAAUGUGUUAUAUUUUGCACUUACUGUAAAUAAAUACCAGAUUGAUAAUGCA